AUGGCGGGUGAGAAAGGUCACGGGAAGAAGCGCCCGGCCGAAGCUGACCCCGAUGGCGCGCAACCUUUAACAAAGAGACUUGGACACCUACGAAUAGAUAAUAGCGUGACAAUCUCCGCUCGGGCCAAACCCAAGGGGCACAUCCAGCAUAUUCAGCAUAUUCAGCAUAAUCAACAUGAUCACAUUGACCACCACCAACAUGACCAUCAUAACCAAGAGAUUUCUUCCAAUGAUGCCAUGAUGUUGGAUGAUACCAAGCACACGACUUACAUUCACGACCUGGAUCAAGAAUUAAUGGAAGCCGACUCUCCUGGUUUGGUGUUUUUACCAUUCGCAGAGAAAGUGCUUUCAGUCCCUCAAUCCGUUCUAUCCGAUUCGAAACCCUCAGGCAAAGAACUUGUUCUUUAUACAGAACCAUCCUCCCUCACAGUUCCUAAGGAAAAAGAUAGUGUUCGAAGAGCAAUUCUUGAAUCUCGAGCACGAGCUAGGGAAAACAAGGUUACGGAAGAUUUAGACGAUGAUCCAAUGGAUAUUGAUAGUUGA